AUGGAAGGCGACUUGGCAUCGAUUUGUUCUUUAAAGUAUCUGGAACAUUCAAAAAUGUUCCUACUAUUUCGAUUAUCCCCCAUCAUCACAUUCCCUUUUUAUUUAUUGGCCACAUUUCUAAUUUUAAGAAACAAGUCGAAGAUAGUACAGGCUGUAAGGAAACAGUUCUUGAAGCAGAUAGUGAUAAAUUUCAUAUUUGUGAUUCUUCUCGCUGUUAUCGUAUGUCCGAUAUUAGAGCCACCGAUACCCGGUUAUUAUAUGACGGGGUUGUUGGCAAUUUUUGAGAUGAAUGUCGCGUUGCCGUUAGUUUUGAUGACGCAUGUUGUUCUGUUGGUGGCACUUUCCAUCCUCCAACUUGUCAAACAUCAACUUAUCACCCUCUCCGACCUCCGCUUCACCAAAAAGUUUGAUCUCAUUGUCAAAAUUAUCCGAAAAAUGUAUCAGUGUUGCUACCUGCUCAUGGUCAUCGUGGCAAUCUCGAUACUCCCUGCACUCACAAUUCACUUUGAGCUAAACGAGUUCCGAGAGCAAGCAUUUCUCUACUACAAAAAUCCAUUCGUCAUGUGUAAGGACAUGUUUAUCGCGGACCAUCGUAACUGGAAGAUUUAUACUCCAUAUUUCUGCUCGAUAACUUUUGGUGUUGUUUGUUCAAUCACUGGCAUCACGAGUGUCAUUACUUGUCUGCUCAUGAUUUAUGAGUCGAGAAAGAUGGUGUCGAGGGAAACGUUGAUUAUGCAGAGGAAUUUUACCGGGGUUUUGAUUUAUCAGGCUCUGGUUUACAUCACUUUUAUCAUUGUACCAGUCGGAGUUAUCUCAACACUUUUUUAUGCAGACAUUCAUAUUCAAGACAAUGGUAUCGCCUUCCUCCUCAUGAUCUGCUGCCAGGGUGCCAUCAACAACCUAAUGCACAUCGUCCCAGGCAUUCAUAAACUCUUCUGCCGCAAGAAACAAAAACCAACGUCAAGAUGUGGAAAGGAUAUCGCAAUGUGGUCCUCCACGCCAUCUGUUGUUGUCACAUGA